AUGAUGUCAAGAAAUUUAAGCAGGAGAGUGACUCUGAGUCAGAGUCCUGAUAUCAAUGAUGAUAAGCCAACAAUCUUUCAUACACAUGGUGGUGGAAACAAGAAGAGGGUGGUCGGAAUUUGGAGUUUUAGACUACCCAAAAGCUCAGGAUUCUCAGCGGUGAGAUUUCUUAAGAGCGUUGGGGCAGAAGUGGCGAGAGCCUUGCGUACUUUAUCCUCUAGAAGAAGGUCUUCACGUCGAGUUUCUUCCUCUAGUUUGGCAAGGUCACGAUCAUAUGCAGAACCACUUGAUUCUCAUCGAGCUGAAGCUAUGGUGGAUUGCAUCGAGUUCUUAAAUUCUUCUUCCACCUUGCAGAGAUCAAACUCGGUUUCCACAAGUUCUUGCUAG